UUUCAUGAUACUUUAAUACUUUUUCUGGAGUGUUGGGUACAACAGCACUCUUAAAGGUGCCAAAAAACACAUUACCCCGCAAGGGUUAAGAAGUAUUGUAUACAUUUUGGAGAGUGAAUUUUCCCUAUACAGGGCAAUAACUAUAUUGACAAAAACAUUUCUAUUCGGGGAGAGUAAAAAGGAUAUCACUCUUAAAUCCAGACAUGUUCUAAGAUUGAUUUCUACGUCGGGCGUAGUACUUUUCUGAUGGUUACCUUAACCACGAGCGUUGUACUCAGCAAAUUCUGUAUCUGAUAUAUCGCAGAACUAUAGUGAUGCUUUGGAUGCUCUGUUGGAUGACUACAAACAAAAUUUCGACAAAACAAAAUCGAAUAAAAUAAGUUACUGCCGAAAGCCCGUUUGAACUGGAUGCAUUCAAACCGUUAAGAGAUAAACAACAACAACCAAAGGGAUCCGUUUUCUACACAAUGGAACUAUAUCGUGUCAAGGACUGUUAAUACGGCAAUAUUCUUCAAAAUUAUUUGGGGAAUCUUUUCUUCCCCUACAACAAAAGAACAUAUGCGGUAUUUUGCCGGAUAAGGAAUACAAUAUAUUUUGUAUUUUCUUUUAAGACGCUAUUGAAGUAUUCCAUUUCCGGUUGAGAUUCAAACCAAAGCUGAUAAAUACUCUAAUAAAAUUUCCUUCUGAUGGAAUCACACCGGACAUUAUCGUCUUUUAGAGAAUCCAACCACUGGCGUCUCCUCUAAGCUGCUCUUGAGUAUCGGUAUAGGGGUUGGGGUGACCGCGGUGUCAGGCGUCUCCUAUCUGUAUUAUAAAUAUUGGAAAGAGAAUGCCACACCGGAGCAAUGGCAACGUGUAGGUACAUUGGAAAUGCUCGAGUUCUUCCCAAUCAAAUCUUGUGCGCCACUUAAAUUCCCAGAGGGCACUGAAAUGGAAUGUGAGGUACUCGGUCUACGCUAUGAAGGUUGUCGCGAUCGUGCUUUGAUGCUGGUGGACAAAGACGACGUAAUGAUAACUGCACGUGGCUAUCCCAAGAUGGUGCUGAUAGCCUCCAGACUGGUCACACCCACAAAGCUUGAAAUCAAUGCUCCAGGCAUGGAGACUUUGGAGUUGGAUUUCAAGAAACUGAUUGAGGAAGGACCGGGCAGAGACAUACAUACAGCCGUGUUUCGUGCCAAAGUGGACGCGAUGCUGUGUGGUGAAAAGUAUGACAAAUGGUUUUCACAAUUUAUACUUGGUCAGGAGAGUGGACUGAAACUUGUGUACCACCCAUAUCCGAAGCCUAUGAAGCCAAUCGACAAGGAAUUGGCCAAAGAACCGCACCUCAAAAACUCCGACACGGGUGCCUUUGCUGAUGCUACCAGCUACAUGAUGAUGAAUUUAUCUUCUGUUGAUGAUCUUAAUAAGCGACUCCCCCGACCCAUAAAACCAAUUCAGUUCCGUGGUGGUUUUUAUUUAAAAAUGGAUAAGAACGAGCCAUACACUGAGGAUUCUUACGACUGGGUUAAAAUUGGCAGUGAAGCGGUGUUUCGCAAGGUGGCGCCAUGCCGUCGCUGCAUUUUACCCAAUAUCAAUCCGGAGACUGGUGAGCGCGAUCCGGAGAAUAAUCCUUUGAAAACGCUAAAAACAUAUCGCUGCUUUGAGAAUAAUCCAAGUCCCGUGUUGGGCAUACAUCUGGGGCUACGUCAGGCAGGGAAAAUAAAACGUGGUGAUGUAAUUUACGUUGGCGUACAAAAAUGAGAUGAUAUUUAUCUUUCAUAUUGUCUUUUACACACAUAUUUAAUAUAUAUCUUAUAACUCGUUAAACAGUUUAAUUUGGUAUCAUGAUUUCAUUUGCUUUUACAACAAAUGUAAAUACAUAUUUAAUAAAAUGUCGAAUUCCAGCGAUUACUUUCGUACUUUUAUAUUUAAA